AUUAGCAUCGAAUGUUUCAACAAAACUAAAUCUUGGUACAACUGGUAAUAUUGUUAUAAUGGGUGGUAAUGGUGUUGAUAAUUCAUUAGUUAAUAAUAAUUCAGCAACAUCCUAUGAUCAAGUAGCUAUAUUUCAAGCACUUUGUCAAGCAGGUGUUAAUCCAUUACAUCAUGAUCCAACUGGUGAUGAUUCAGAUUCCGAUUCCGAUGAUGAAAGUGGAUCAGAUGAUGAAUCACUUGAUAGUGAUGAUGAAAAUAAUGACUUAUCAGAUAUAGAUGACGAAGUUACUCAAUUAAUAAAUAAAAGUUCUCGCGGACGAUCACGUCGUCAAUCAGCAAAAAAUCUUAAUCAAAAAAAAGCUUCGUCAACACGACGUUCAACAAAUAACAUAACAGCAUCAGUAGCAACAACAACAGCAUCUCAUAAUAAAAUAAAACAAGAUAAAAGUGAUACAGACGAUGAUGAUGAUGAUGAUGAUGAAUCAUCAGGUGAUGAAGAUCUUGAUGAUUUAGGUGUUGGCAAUGAUACAAAUAAUAAUUUAAGUAAUAUUGAUAAUCCACUUGAUAAUGAUUCAUCAUUAUUAGUUCCAGCUGAUUUUUCUAAUCCUGAGUAUGUUCAAAAUCUUGUUAAACCACAUCGUAAACGACGUACACAUUUACCAUCCGAUGACCAACCUAAAACUAUACGUUGUCCACAAUCAGGUUGUACAAAAAUGUUUCGUGAUACUGCUUCCAUGAAUAAACAUUUACAUACCCAUGGACCACGUGUACAUGUAUGUCAUGAAUGUCAAAAAUCUUUUGUUGAAAGUUCAAAAUUACGUCGUCAUCAACUUGUACACACUGGUGAAAAAGCAUUUCAAUGUCCAUUUGAAGGAUGUGGAAAACGUUUUUCACUUGAUUUUAAUUUACGUACACAUGUUCGAAUACACACGGGUGAUAAACCUUAUGUUUGUCCGUUUGAUGGUUGUAGUCGACGUUUUGCCCAAUCAACAAAUCUUAAACAACAUCUUUUAACACAUGCAAAAAUUCGUUCACAUCAACCAUUCGCUAUUCCAGCUGUUGCUGUAACUAUUACAGAAAUUCAACCUCAGUAUUAA